AAUCUACUUAAUUUAUUAAAGAACACAAUGAAACUGCAAUUAUAAUUGAAAAUUUUUUAUCAUAUACACAUUUAAUAAUGAAAUUCGAUAAUUCUUUUGUAAAUAUUUUUUGUUCUCGGUAUUGUACAAAUCAUUUAUUAUAGCGCCUCAUGUCAGAAGAGUUACGAAUAGAAUUCUACUAGUAAAUUGUAUUGCAAACAGCUGUUUGCAUACGAAACAUUUGUAAACUUCAUAAGAAACUUUUUUUUUAACAUUUUAAUGUGAUUGCUGUUUGUGAAGAAAAAAUCAAAAUGGUAUCUUUAAAACUUUUGUUCGUCUUGGCUGUCAAAUAAAUACAUAUAACCUAAAACGCAUAAAUUUAAAGAAAUUGUAAAAACAUCAUAGAAAUGGAUGUUGUAACAACAAGUUUAGAGGCCCUAAUGCAAAGGGUAACGAAUCCUCAAAAUCAAAAACCUGAUAUAGCUGCAAUUGAAGCAUUUUGCGUAAUGCUUACCAAAGAAUCGGAAGGUAUUCAAAUUGGUACUAAAUUAUUAGCAUUGCAUAUUCAGUCAUCUAAUGAGACAGAAGCACUUCAAGCUCUUGCUUUAUUGGAUACAUGUAUGAGAAGAUGUGGUCCAUCUUUUCACGCAGAAGUUGGAAAAUUUCGUUUUUUAAAUGAAAUGAUUCGUUUAGUUUCACCAAAAUAUUUGGGUGGUAAAACACCAGCUAUAGUACGUCAAAAAGUAUUGCAAUUGUUAAAUAUGUGGACAAAGGAAUAUCCAAAAGAAUUAAAAAUCAAGGAAGCCUAUGAAAUGUUAAAAAAACAAGGUGUUAUCGAAGAUGAUUCUAUAUCUAUGAAUAAUGUACAAGAAGAAGGAUUAAAAGUAUUAAAAACUAAAAACACAAUAUUUGAUGAUGAAGAGAAAUCCAAAUUGUUGCAAAAAUUACUUCAAAGCAAAAAUCCUGAUGACUUACAAGCUGCGAAUAGAUUAAUUAAAACUAUGGUGAGAGAGGAUGAAAGAAGAGUACAAUUAAAUUCACGUAGGAUAAUGGAAUUAGAAUCUGUUCAUAACAAUGCAAAGUUAUUAUCAGAAAUGUUGGAUUCAUAUAAUUGUAAUGAAACUAGUACAGAAGAUCUUGAAUUAAUGAAAGAAUUAUAUCAAGCUUGUGAACGAUUGAAACCAAUUGUGCUAAGGUUAGCAAAUGAAACUCAAGAUAAUGAAGGAAUGCUUGGUGAUGUACUUGCUGCAAGUGAUGAAUUGGAACAAGUAUUUGAGAAAUAUACUACAAUUAUAGUUCAUGGUAAAUGUAUAAAACCUAAGACAGAUUCCAACAUCAGUCCGUAUUUAUUAGAUUUAUCCUCUCCAAUGGAGACCAUUCCUGUUAAAAGUGAUGAUGUAAAUGCAAGUUACAAUGCAAUGACAACAAAUCAUCAGUCAGAUAUGGAAGUUUUAGGAGAUAUUUUCAAUUCAUUAGGAAAAUCUGAAAAUUCAGAUAUUUCUUCAGUUUCCAAUGCAAAUUUCUUAAUGACUGAUUCAAUUAUGCAGCCGCUCAAUGUUUUACCUAAAAAUAAGAAAGAUGAAUUAAUCAACACAUCUGAAAAGAAAAUUGACAGUAAAGCAAAAGCACUGGAGGAAUUAAACGAAUUGGAUUCUUUGCUUAAACAAAGUUUAUCAGGCAUAGUAUCAAAUUCACGUUUGAAAUCAGCAAGGUUAGUAAAACAUANUAUAAACCGCCCACCAAAUACCGAACCCUUAGCAGAACAUUAUGUUUCAACGACCUCUCCUCGCAGUGGCAAUUCUUCGUAUUUUUCUGACUUAUCAAAGACUACAAAUAUGAAAAAUGAUAAAGUAUCUGAUAUUCAAUUUAAAUCAAAUGAUAACUUUCCAUCUUAUAAUGAUACAAAUUCUCAAACUAUUAUCGAAUGUGAUGUAAAUGAAAAAAUAGAUACAAAUCAAUGUAAUAAUCGAUUAAGUACAUGGGAUGCUGCUUCAAUAACACCAUCAACAGAAAACUCAAUUAGUCCAGAACCUGAAAUUAAACCAUUGACAGACAUUAAUAUCAAUCUUCAUGAUAUUAAACCAGGUAUUAAUCCACCUAUAACAGUAAUUGAAGAAAAAAAUGGUAUAUCUGUAGUGCUUCAUUUUGCUCGAGAUAAUCCAAGAAAAGAUGUAUUUGUUGUAGUGAUUACAACAAUGAGUAAAAAUUUGAAACCACUUACUAAUUACUUGUUUCAAGCAGUGGUGCCAAAAAGAUGUAAAUGUAGACUUCAAUCACCUUCUGGAACAGAAUUACCUGGUCAUAAUCCAUUUUUACCUCCAUCUGCAAUUACUCAAAUUAUGUUAAUUGCAAAUCCUACCAAGGAAACGGUAUCGUUAAAAUUUAUGUUAAGUUAUACUAUGGAUGAUGAAACUUUCACAGAAAUGGGUGAAGUAGAAAAAUUGCCUUUAGUUUAAAGUACUUAAAGUGUAAUUAUAAUAUAAAUUAAAUUCAAGAAUUACAGAGUUUAAUAGCCAAAAGAAGAAUAUAUUGUUUUUUAAGAUAUGAAUUUUCAAAAGAUAUUGUUUCUUUUAGUUUAUUUCUCAGAUUGUAAUUACAGUUUUAUCUUUAUUAUUAUAUUCUGAGAUAAUAUUAAUGUUAUGUAGAUAUUUAUAAGUCAUGUUGUGAUUACAUAAACGAAAAUAUCAACAAAUCUAUUUUAAGAUCGAAAUACACGAGAGAACAUAUUAUAAUCGUAUACAAUAAAGAUCAAAAUAAAUAUAAUAAUUGAAAAAUAGAAAAAAAAGAAAGGCACAAACAAACAAAAAAAUACGAAAAUACAGAUAAUGUACUAUAAAUUUAAACUUGAAGUGAUAUUCUUCAUUAUUAAAAAUGUACAAAUGCGAUAUUUUAUUUAAAAAUUUGAAGAAAUAUAUCAUUUGUUUAGGAAACAGAAAGUACUUCGUCACGAAAAGCAAGAGCAGUAACUGCUUUUUGAUGGCCCUGAUAUUCUCGUUCUACUGCUCCUGUUGAUACAUUCCAUAAUCUUGCAACACCAUCGGACGAAGCUAAAUUGAAUAAAAUGUUAAAAUUGAAUCUAAAACAAAAUAUAAUAAAACAUAAAAAAAAAAA